AUGGACAGUCUCCUGAUGAACAGGAAACUCUUCCUCUACAACUUCAAGAACCUCCGCUGGGCCAAGGGCCGACGUGAGACCUACCUCUGCUACGUCGUGAAGCGCCGUGACAGCGCCACGUCGUGCUCCCUGGACUUCGGAUACCUGCGCAAUAAGAUGGGCUGCCACGUGGAGGUGCUCUUCCUGCGCUACAUCUCAGCCUGGAACCUGGACCCUGGCCGCUGCUACCGCAUCACCUGGUUCACCUCCUGGAGCCCCUGCUACGACUGCGCCCGCCACGUGGCCGACUUCCUGCGCGCCUACCCCAACCUGACCCUCCGCAUCUUCACGGCGAGGCUCUACUUCUGCGAGGACCGCAAAGCGGAGCCCGAGGGGCUGAGGCGCCUGCAUCGGGCGGGGGCUCAGAUCGCCGUCAUGACCUUCAAAGAUUUCUUCUACUGCUGGAACACGUUUGUGGAGAACAGGGAAAAGACAUUCAAAGCCUGGGAAGGACUGCAUGAAAACUCUGUGCAUCUGUCCAGGAAACUUCGGCGGAUCCUCCUGCCACUGUACGAAGUAGAUGAUUUACGAGAUGCCUUUAAAACUCUGGGACUGUGAAGUGAAGGUAUUCAGCAAUCAGAAGAUUUCACAAACACUUGUUCUUUGAUUUCCAACUCUCU